AUGACGACGGACAACAAACCCUCGGAAACCGGUCACGGCGAGACACAAAGCCUCAGAUCCAACAACUUCCCGGCGUCCCCACUGUUGCUGCAUGGAUCCCCUGAAGCAAUCAGCGACAGGAAGCGUAAGUUCAACAUCUUCAGCCGAUUGCAGUACCACAUCUCUAUGGGCCCGCGAAAGAAGUCCAAGUCCGACAACAAGGCGCCAGCCGCUGACACGACAGAGACGCCUACCGGUACUAACGGCAACAACGCUGCAUCCUCCUCCAGCCCUCUCGAGCCCAGCGCGCAAGUAAAGUCUGCGGAUCUUUCAGAAACAGCGCCCAGAAAGAUAAGGCGAUCGGACACCGGCAACAGCACCAAGACAACAAAAGCACAGGACAGCGCAUCGGGAACCUCGAGCUGGUAUGGCGGUAGCUGGCGAUCGAAAGCCUCGCCUGUCGCGCAGGUGACACGGGAGAGCAUAUCGUCGGGGGAAGGCAGCCGGCCCAAGAGUUCCGCUGGAGCGGCCGGGCCCAAACCGCCUCCUCCCACGCGGUACUUAUCAAGCAGCAAGAGGAGGGCAAGCAAAGGCAGCUUGAUCGCGCCUUCUAUGACCAAGUUGCAUGUCACUUCAAGCAGCUCCACCGGCCUGAAGACGGAAGCGGAGGAAGAUGCGGCGCAGGACAGGGAUUUUAAGGAGGGGCAGCUGGAUCCUCCGCUACCACCAGACCCCUUGAAGACACAAGACGGAGCGGCUGAUGCUGAGACUAAGUCGGAUCUGCAGGAGCCUAGCAGAGCGCCUGCUGUGACCUCGUACUGGCGAGGCUGGUGGUCAAAGCCUGACGCAGAUGCUACUGAGACCACUAAGAGCAAGGAUGCUGCAAAGGAUACGUUUGCGGAAGAAGCCCGAAGGACGCCGUUACCUAGUUCCACGGCCGUUGAAGACACUGUGCUGAAGUCAAAGGCCGCUAAACCUGUUAGCGCGGACCCUGCGGUCGCAAAAUCUCAGCUAGCAAACGGCGACGUCAAGCCCUCAGCGCCGGAAACACAAGACGAGAGCAAGGACAAAGGCUCGCAGGGCAGAUCGUGGUUCUGGUUGUGGAGUAGCGCAGAAAAUGCUAAGAGCAACCCUCCGAGUACAGAGGAGCAGCAACCUCAAGAGGCAGCCAGCAUUGCAGAGACACCGGCGCCAGCAAAGGACGUUCCAAGCGUAGUAGAGCCGCCGCAGGUACAGCCUCCGGCAGAAGAUGCAUCAAUGUCAAGCAAGUCGGCUGCGGAGGAACCUCGAAAGUCCUCAGCCUGGGCGUUCUGGUCGCGAGAGAAGCCAGACAGCGACACAGCCUCCGAUACCGCAUCAACACACAAACAGAUCGGCGAGCUUGCAGUAGCCGACACACCGUCUCAGUCACAUCCUGAAGCAGCUCAGUUCAAUGAGCGCGAGGAAUCUCCCCAGAAAGCCCCUCCCAAGAUCCGCGGCCGCAAACUCUCCAAGCAACUAACAAGCAAACCCUCUACCCCCGCUAAAACCUCCCCUACCGACAGUCCUGCCCUCAAGCCCGCAGAUCAGCAGGCGCCAAUUAAAGAGACGCAAACCACCAAACCUGCUGUCCCACUCAAGCCCCCGCAACCUAAUCUUCUCCUCCCCAACUUCUACGAAACAUAUCGUCCCGCCAGCCCAACGUCGUACUGGCAAUCCUUCCGCCGCUACUUCGCCGCCAACAAAGAACCCGACUCUCCCCACCUCCACAUCCACCCGUCUCCUCCGCGGGUAAAGAAAGCCCUCGCCAUCGGCGUCCACGGCUAUUUCCCCGCGCCCCUUAUCCAGAAGGUGUUGGGUCAGCCGACCGGCACCUCGAUCCGCUUUGCGAACUCCGCAGCCGCGGCCAUCAAGAAAUGGACGGAGGAGAAAGGCUAUGAAGCCGAGAUCGAGAAAGUAGCGCUCGAAGGCGAGGGCUUCGUCGCCGAGCGUGUCGACCUCCUAUGGAAGCUCCUCCUGAACUGGAUCGAGAAGAUCCGGCAGGCGGACUUCGUGCUCGUGGCUUGCCACUCCCAGGGCGUACCGGUCGCGAUCAUGCUUGUCGCGAAGCUGGUCCAGUUUGGGUGUUUACCGGCUGGCACGAGAGUGGGUGUGUGUGCCAUGGCGGGCGUCAACAUGGGGCCGUUUCCAGAGCUCAAGAUUCGGUUUCUGGGCGCGACGGCGCAGGAGCUGUUUGAGUUUGGGCGGGCGGACAGUGCGGUCAGUAAGAUGUAUAGGGCGGCGCUGGAGACGGUGCUGGGAGCUGGCGUCAGGAUCGUUUAUACGGGGAGUAUUGACGACCAGCUCGUUUCGCUUGAGUCCUCCACCUUCACACCUCUGACCCAUCCCUCAAUCUACCGCGCCGUCUUCGUCGACGGCCGCCUCCACACCUCCUCCUUCCUAACAACCCUGAUCGGCUUCGUCCUCAAGCUUCGCAACCUUGGCCUCCCUGACCACGGCGUGGUCCGCGAGCUCUCCCCCGCGCUCGCCGGGAGCCUCUACACCGGGGAAGGCCACUCGCGCAUCUAUGACGACCCUGCAGUCUAUCAGCUCGCUGUGCGCUUCGCGCUGGAGACGCUGGAAACGGCGGACAUGAUGAAGGGGGUUAAGGUUGAGCUGGAGUAUACGACGGAGGAGGGGAAUGGGAACGGGGCAGGUGCGGUGGUGCCGGGGAGCAAUCCGUAUUUUUUGCCAUGGGCAGUGAGGGGGCUGCUUGAGGAGGAGUAUGUGAAGAGGGAGAUGGGGAAGGAGGUUGAGGAGUUGUUGGGGCUGUUUGAGGAGUGGAGGCCGGCCAGUAAGGGAUUGAAGGAUGUGAGGUUUAGGCUUGAGGCGGUGAGGAGUAAGCUCUAG